AUAUUUUUCCUCUCCUGCCAGACUUCAUCCCAUAUAAGCUGCCUCAACAUUGCUGCUUAGCCCUCGUCAUCGGAGGAGACUCUUCGGUUCUCUACAUUUUCUCUCCUCUUUUAAAGGCGAUCGUCCUUCUCUCUUAUUUUCCCCUAAAAAAGAAUCCGAAAAAAUGGCCAAUGCAGCGUCUGGUAUGGCUGUGCAUGAUGACUGCAAGUUAAAGUUUCUGGAGCUCAAGACAAAAAGAACCCAUAGGUUCAUAGUUUUCAAGAUCGAGGAGAAACAGAAGCAAGUUAUUGUGGAGAAGCUUGGUGAGCCAACUCAAAGCUAUGAGGAUUUCACUGCAUCCCUUCCAGCUGAUGAAUGCCGUUAUGCUGUCUAUGAUUUUGAUUUUCUCACACCAGAGAAUGUUCAGAAAAGCAGGAUCUUCUUUAUUGCAUGGUCCCCUGAUACGUCAAGGGUCAGAAGCAAGAUGAUUUAUGCAAGCUCCAAAGACAGAUUUAAGAGAGAACUUGAUGGCAUUCAGGUAGAGUUGCAAGCAACCGAUCCAACUGAGAUGGGUCUUGAUGUCAUUAGAAGCCGUGCCAACUGAAUUUGAAUGGCCUUACAAUGAGGAAGUUCCUCUGUUCGAUCUUCUUUACUCGAGUGAAAUGUUUAUAUUUUGUGGGAUGGUGAACUUGGAUAAUCAUGUUAUCAGUUUCCAAGUUCUGCCAUUAGUCUUUUAUUCAUCUUGAAUAUGCAUCUCUGGUUUCUGGUAUAUCUUGUGAGUUGUUAUUUGUAGAACCUAUGUGUUUUGGUGUCUUCUUGUAGUAUGAUCUCUACAAGCUAAUAUGUAACUGUUCUGUUUGUGAGAGGUUAGUCGUCUCACCUUUAGUUCGUUUUGAAAUUUUAAUAUUUGACCCUUGUUAUUUUACUUUGUAAUGUUGAAGGGGCAUGCUUUAUAACUUCUGUUUGUUGA